AAUAAAUAUUUUUUAUUUGAUAGAUACUAUCAAUUUUUCUUUUUUUUUUUUAUUUUUUUUUUUUUUAUUUUUUUGAUUAAACAAAUUAAAUAUAGUAAAAAUUUUAUAAACCAUGUCUUCUAUGGCUUUAAUUAAAAUCCCACCAUUCUAUUAUGCACAUAUUUUAGAUACUAAUACAAAUAUUGCAAGAAUGGUUAGUGGACCAUUAACUUUAUUAGUUAAAGAAUCUGAAAAAAUUAUUGUUAAUCCAACAAAAAUGCAUACCAUUCAAAGUAGCGAAUAUUGCAUUAUAGAAUCUCCUGUAUUAUUAGACGAUGAAAAAAAAAUAAUUAUAGAUAAACAUGGACAGGUUAAAUUAAAGCAUGGACAAAGAGAGGUUAGAUUCGAACAGAGUGAGCCUUUCCCCCUUUACCCAGGUGAGUUUAUGGUUGGUAAAAUUUCGCCUCUUCAAGUUGUAUUAAAUAAUGAAGCAUUGGUUAUUAAAGCAUUAGUGGAUUUUAUUGAUACCGAAACAAAUAAACUUAUUAGUGCUGGUGAUGAAUGGUUAUUUCAAGGACCUGCAACUUAUAAACCCCGUGUGGAGGAACAGGUAAAAGAAUUAAGAAAUGCUACCAUUGUUAAGGCACAUUGUGGUUUGAAAUUAGAAGCAAUAAAUGACUUUACAGACAAGGUUUACGGAAAGAAAAGAAAAAGUGGUGACGAAUGGUUAAUGACUGUUGAGGGUCCCUAUAUAUUGGAUGCAUAUGAAAGAUUAAAAGAAGUUGUUAUGCCAUAUGUUUUAAAUGACAACAAAGCAAUCAUUGUUAAGGCAACUAGAAAAUUCACCGAUGAUGAUGGUAUCGAAAGAAAAAAAGGUGACACUUGGUUAAUAACAAAAAGUGAUACCCCACUAUAUUUACCACAACCAACUGUAAAAGUAGAAAAAGAAGUUAAUAUCACAUCAUUAACAGCACUUCAAUAUACAAUUAUUGAUAACCCAUGGGAUGAAGAGACUCAAUCCAAUAAACUUGGUGAAAGAAAAAUUGUUAAAGGUCCAAAGAACUUUUUUACAUUCCCCGGUGAAAGCUAUACCACUGUCCACAAUGUUAUGGUUUUAGAAGCAGAAGAUGCAGUUCAUGUUAAAGUUAUGGAAAACUUUGAAGAAACCAUUGUAGUUCCAGGUGAGAAUAAUAACAAUACUAUAAAGACUAUUCAACGUAAAUCAGGUACCAAAUAUGAUGUAUUCGGACCUAGAGAAUAUAUACCACCACUAACUGUUGAAGUUAUUAAAAGAAAAAAAGCAAUUUUUAAAUUGGAAGAUUUCAAUAUCUAUAUUUUCAAUAUCUCCUUUGUUUAUGUUUUAUCAAUAAUUUUAUUUUUUUAUUUUUUUAUUAAAUUAUUCUUUUAA